UGCUGCUGCCGCUUCUGCUUCUGCUGCUCUUUUAGCUCGUCCAUACGAACGUCUGUCCGGCCCGGUCCGGUCCGCGCAGUCCCGGAGUGGCCCUCCUUCCCCGCCAUCGCGUGUCCGCCCAGCCCGGCCCGGCCACAGCAUGAGCGGCCUCCGGGUUUACAGCACCUCGGUCACCGGUUCCCGGGAGAUCAAGUCCCAGCAGAGUGAGGUGACCCGCAUCCUGGAUGGGAAGCGGAUCCAGUACGAACUGGUGGAUAUCUCCCAGGACAACGCCCUUCGGGAGGAGAUGAGGACUCUGGCUGGGGACCCCAAGGCUAUCCCUCCCCAAAUAUGCAACGGGAACAAAUACUGUGGGGACUAUGAGCUCUUUGUGGAGGCUGUGGAACAGGACACCCUGCAGGAGUUCCUGAAGCUGGACUGACCACCCCCCCUUCGCCCCCCAGCCCCAUAGACUCUGAACAACAUUCCCUCUCCCAGCCACGAAGGAUCCUGGGACCAACUUCUCGACCUGUACUGUAUAUCCGGGUUCCACUUCCAGACCCCCCCUCUCCCCCUCCUUGCCCGUACCCACAUGUGCUUGUAGUCCUGCCCCGACCUCCAGGGAUCCUCUGCCUCUUUUCCCUUUCUGACUCCUGGACCCCCAGCAUUCCAUUCCCUUGCCUUACAUUCCCUGCCCAUCGGCCCUAGAAACUGACCCAAGUAUCUGUGUCCCCCCUCCCCCAUUCCUCAGUCUGCGCGGGGUCUCCAGGGAGGGAUCCUCCCUCCUGCUGCUAUCCCUCCCAGCGGCGGCCACCUGGUGACCAGCGGCGGUGGGGCCUAAUGCCCACCUGGGGCCUGUUGGUGACCGGCCAGGGCUCUUGUUCUUCGGUGGCCUCUAUUACUGAGGGGCGAUUAAAUGUUACGUUCCAUUUGGCUUGGA